UCAUCAGCACUCUGUAAUAUUUAGGUAUUGGCAUUCAACUCAAGUUAUUUCUCAUUUAAGUUUGCCAACGAUGCGAGGAAAUGUCAAAAUUAUAACAAUUAGUUACUUGUCCCUUCUUCAAAACUGAGCUAACUAGCUAGCCAUAUAGGGAACGACAGUUAUCUAACGUUAAGCUAGCUAGUUAGCGGUCUCACUCACCCCUCAUCCUCUUCGUUUUUGCUGGCAUCAAUCUUUGAUCCCUCGGAUUCUCCUGCCUGGCCGCCCUCUGCAACAGUCGGCGUCUGCUCUUCGGUGCUAGCCUCUCCGCCCUCCUCCAUUUUCACCACAGUUGGAUCUUCGCUGGUUUCAAGGUCCGACAUUUUUUUUAUGUUGCACAAAUUGCUAAAGGUAGCUAGCUAAUCAGCUGCUAUCGAGGUUGCGUGCUAACGCGAGCGUACUACAGCUGCUGACUGUCUCUCGUCUGUCUUGUUUGUGUUCGAAAUGGGACUCCUAUUUUGCCCCAGGAAGUGUGAAGAGACCAUACCACAGGACAGCGUUUUCUUGUGCAUGCCGUGCUCUCUGCCCGCUAUGUGCGUCGCCCAGAGAUUGUCGUGAUCAGGCGACACACGGCCUGCAAUGAAGUCCCCGCUGGCAGGUACAAACAAGGACAUUUUAUUCCCAUACAUCAAAGAUCAUCUCGAGGAGUAUCUGUCGGCGCACUGGGAAGAAGAUGAAUGCAAACAAGACGUGCAUCUCCUUAAGAAACAGGUUGAAGAGGACCUGCGUCUGCACCGAGCGUGUGCGCAGCACUCCCUGGACCAGUCUGGGCACACGGACGAGGAGAAAGCCAUCAGGGAGGUGGUGGACAACGUGCUGUGGCAGAUGGCUUCGGACAGGAAGUCCACGGCUCUGAAACAGCUGCAGGGACACAUGUGGAGGGCGGCCUACGCUGCCGGGAGAAUCAAAGGCGAGGUGUACCAGGACGUGGUACCGUCCAUCAGGAGGUGGAGACGGCAGGGCCUGAAGGUCUAUAUCUACUCCUCUGGCAGUGUGGAGGCUCAGAAACUACUGUUUGGAUACUCUGUAGAGGGAGACGUACUAGAUCUAUUUGAUGGCCACUUCGACACCAACAUGGGCACUAAAGUAGAAAGUAAAAGCUAUGUGAGGAUUGCAGAGAGAAUGGGCUGCCCGCCUGAAGAAAUCAUGUUCCUGACAGAUGUCACACGAGAGGCCAAGGCAGCGGAGGAUGCUGGUGUGAACGUGGCUGUAGUGGUACGGUCAGGGAACAUGGAGUUGACAGAGGAAGAAAGGUCUCACUAUAACCUCAUUACAACCUUCAGCCAACUGGAAGUGACGGGCAGCGCUUAACACUGGAGAAGAGGGUAGGGGGAGGGAGAAGAGGGUAGGGGGAGGGGGUAGAGAUGCUGCUGUCCGAUUUUCCCCUUCACCUCCCCAAAGUGUAUGCUCAUUGACUCCCCCUUGUGGAUAUAGAAAAACUGAUUGGUCUUCACAUGGGAGUUUUCACCAUAUAUCUUACACCUUUGCAUUGUUUUUAAAUCUGAGGGGGAGUAACGAAUGCACACUUCAGGGAGAAGAGUAGAGAAACAGAACACAACCACAGAGUGGGAGAACACACUCACUCACUGGCCCUGUUCUAUCAAGUUCCCGCUUCCCCUAGCACCUGCUGCCCUUAGGUCUAAUGAAAGGACUGGAACGGUAAAAGCGACGUGAUGGACUCUCCUCUAAACCUAUUGGAGAGCCAGGUGGAGCCAUUGUCUUAUUGCUUUCACCUAUCUAGUCCUUUCAGAGGCUAAGGGAAUGAGCUACUAACCAAACUGGAACCGGGCCACACAUGAGAACUGUUUGUGGGAGGGGAAUGGGAUGGUCGGCCAUUGAUCAAAGGACUUUGGAAGUACACUAAGAGGGGAGCCUGGGUGCCAGUCUGUUUCUGCUCUGGCCAGUGUAGCGUUGUUGAACACAGGAACUGUCGGGUAUCCAGGCUACGCACAGGGUGGGUGGUGGGGAACAAGCACUAAGAGCCGUACCAGUUUGCAGACUGCACGUUUUUAAGGGACAUGACAGGGUUUCUUCUUUUUUUUUAAGCAUUUUAAAUAAAAACUAUUUAAGUUGA